AUGACCGAUGUGCAAAUACAAAAUCAAACUAGUUUGAGUACUAGUAAAAAAGAGUUUGAGAGUAGAUAUGAUGAAAGGGCGCUUAGAAUUUUAUGCGUAAAAAACAUAUCAAAAGAGACAAAAGAAAGUGAACUGUUGGACAUAUUCAAACAAUUUGGUUCUAUCGAAAGUAUCAAUCUUAAAGUGAACACAAGUAUCGGACCGUAUGCCAUAUAUGCCCACGUUCUCUUUAGCGCUCCCGAGGAGGCUAAAAGAUGUCUAAAGCAAAUGAACGGGAAGUUUCUAAUUAUUCAAAUGAUCACCCUCUGCAUUCCGCUGUGCCCCCCAGCAUUGUCUCACGAUGGCAUGCUAAAUGACGAUAGCGUUAACCCGUAUGACUCGGAGGCAACCGGUUUUAGGGAACACGAGGUAGGAUUUUUACACAGCAUUAAGAAUUUUGCGAUUUCGCACAUAUGGUUAUGUUACUUAUUCCAUGCAAAUAAGCGAUUACGCACGGGUGGAAGCAACUCCAUGGAGAAUGUCAAUUUGGGCAGUGCGAGCAGUUUGACCGGCCUGCCAAGUGUAAACGGCAACGACGUAGAGAUUAACAAGUUGGUAAAGACGUACGAAGAGAAUAAAGUGCAAAAUAAACCAACCGGGGAUGCAAAAAAUAGGCAAGUAGAAGAAAUGUUACAGUCCGUAAUUAAGGAUGGCAUGAACAAACCCCCCAGGAUAAAACUGUACUUGUGUGAUCAUUUGAGGCAGUGCGCCCAGCACGUCUUUAACAGACCCGCCGUAGAUAUCAGUGUGACAAGUAAUACAAUAAACAACACGCAUAGUAGCACUAUGGUUAGUAAAGAAUUCAAGGGGAAUAUCCACAUGAACGCAAAUGCCACCAACCCUGGUGCACCACUGUACCACACCGAACAGAAUAACCUUUUAACAGGGGGGAAGAAUUCCUCAACGUUGAAAGAACCUAGCAAGCACCAUAUGUUGAACAAUGGGAUAGCGAAUAAGGAAGGACAGCUCCACGGAAAUGAAAAACUCUUAUCCUCCUUGCAUAGCGGUGGAAGUACCAUUCCCAAUAUGGGAUUAAACAAUCCCACUAGUAAUGUGAAGUACGCCCUGUGGAAAGGAACCCUCGAAAUGAAGAAUAAAGAAAAUCUCAGCGUUAUCGGAUAUGCUGUAAACGGGGACGUAAAAAAAUUUCUGAACAAUAGCAUCUCCAGCAUAGUCAUAAGUCACAGAAAAAAAAUGAAAACACUUCCAAAAAUAGAAGCCACGUAUUAUUUCCAAAUAGAGAAUAAAGAAGACGAAAAUAUUUUGGAUACCUAUAGAAACUAUUUCAAUAGUAAGGAUAGAGUUGGAUUAUCCUCCACAAGUGACGAUUGGCAUAUGUAUAUUAUCUUCCCAGGAAGUGCCAUUUUUAAAGAGUUCUGCAACAGCGUUGGAGGUAUUAACAGCUUUGGUGGUGGAAACAGCUCAAACAAUUUUAAUAAUAUCUUCCUGGGGGUUGUAUGUUAUAAUCCACAAUUUUUCGAUAAAAAAGAUGGUGUGGCUGCUCAAGACGGUGUGGCUUUUCAAGACGGUGUGGCUGUUCAAGACAGCGUGGCUGCUCUAGAUGGUGUGGCUGCUCAAGGCGGUGUGACCGUGAAAGAUAGCACAGCUGCCAAUUUUAAUCAGCAAGAAUCUCCCAUGACAAAUGUCAACCAAAUCCAUGUGAAUAAGAACUUUCAAAUUUUGAGCAAUCAUCAUCAGAACAAGUUUACCAAUUCAGUUGCAGCGGUGGGUGCUGCAGGGAGAGUGAUGAAGAGUAACAUCAACGGAAACAACCACAGUAACCUUUAUGGCGAUUUUGCUAAGCAGCAGGGGGGAGGUGGCCCCAGCAAUGCAGUGGCUAAUAAUUUCCCGCUUCAUAGUAGUAACACGUUCAAUAACGUGCAAGGUGUGAAGAAGAAUAACAUCCUUGUAGGUAACAACAUGCCCCACGGCAACAGUAACAACCAUGGAGGCUUCCCCAAUGCGAACAAGUCCGAUGGAAUCACAGCAGUGACAACGCAAGUCAUGCCGUCCCGCAGUGAUCCCAACGUUCAAAAAGGGGCCAUGGCAGCCCAGAAUAAUUCUACCACCCAGCUGAACCAGGAGAAUGACACCUCCAAUGAGUUAAGCGAACCAACUCGAAAGGAAGAAAACAAAAAUGAAGUCCCCAAUUGGCUCAAUCAGUUUAGUUCAUUAGCAGCAUAUCUUGUCAAAAAAUAG